AUGAAAAGAAAAAGGCAGGAAGGGAGAGCGUCCCAACCGGAGAAAAAACAGAAAAUUUUGGAGGAACCAAUUCAUGGUCCUCGACCUAUCGUUAAUCAGUUCCUUUGUUUUGCGGAAAAAUGUUUACCUUGUAAGGUGUUGUUGGAUACUGGUGCAACUGGUCCUGUUUUGUCUGCUGUUUUUGUUGAUAGUUUUGAGGUCCCGAAGGUGAAACGAGACGUCCGGCCCGG